AUGCCUAAUUAUGUUUUAUUAGAAAAUGAGCUAGUUAAGAAGUGUGCCAGCCUGAGCAAUGCUCCUGGUAAGCAGAGGAAUGCACGUAUAGUGAUGACAACUCUGCUACUCACGGAGCAAGUAACAAAAGAAGACCACGGCUCAGAGGGAAACUAUGUCCUGUAUGGAUCCUCGUGUUCUCAAGUCACCGAGGAGGCUGAAUAUGUGAAAAAGGAGCCCCCUCAAGUCCCAGCUGAUAAAGCAAAGAGCAGCGGCUGGAGCUGCAGUCCCAUCACAACAACCAUGAUGGAAACAGAAGAGCAGCUGCUGCUGGUGAGCAGGGAGAACAAAGUGCUGAAGAUCAAGCUGGAAGCUGUGAGAGAAGCAGGUGUACAGACUCUCAGAGCUGCCUCACAGAAGCUGUACAACAACUACCAGGCUCGCUCAGAAGAACUUAAGAAGAGCCAUGAGAGAGAGAAGCAGCAAAUACAGGCCCACAACCUCCAACAAGAAGAAAAGCUCCAGCAAAGCUCAGAGAACUCCAGCCACCUGGCUGAAGGCAUGAGGGAGAAGUGUGCCCGCAUCGCAGAGAUGGAGAGGCGCGUGCAGAGGAUGGAGGAGGAAAAGAAAACUCUGAUAGAGAAGAAGAUGUCAUUUGAAGUGAUGCUUCAGCAGAUGAUGUCAAGGAAUGAAGACACCAAAAAGUGCCUGGAUCUCCAGGAGCAGAUCUCCACGCUGCAGCAGCAGAUCUGCCACCUGCAGUGCGUGAUCCAGGCGCAGCACCGCUGCCUGCGCAGCGUCAUCCAGGAGGCAGAGGAACUGAACAAGGAACUCAAAAGCCAAGACAAAAAGAUAGAAGACCUGACAGAGAAACUGAGUGCACUGGAAGCACAGAAUAAAGAACUGAAAGACAAAGUGGAGUUCUGGUCUGGGCAGCCCAAGGCCAAAGUUUCAAAAGCUGUCUGGACAGACGCCCCACGAAAUCUGGGAACAUCCCCUUACUUGAUGCUCAGCAGGCUGAGGAAGCAAGAGAGCUAA